UCUUGACCCCAUUAUGAAACUACUCGUUAGUGCUAAUCCUACCAGCCACCUGUCUGCUGCCGGCAUCCGCUGCCAGGGCAUGGGUUCGGCACCCAGCCAGCAGCUCUGGGAUGUGGGGCUGGGGCCAGUCCCUGCUGGGGGGGCGUCCAGAGGGGAGAUGGGGUGUGAGUGGGGGGGAUGGGAGACCGUGAGGUGGGUUAUGGGGUGCAGGAAGCCAUUGGAUUGUGGAAGAGCAAGGAGUGGGGGUAUAGGGAGCUGUGGGAAGGAGAAGGGAGUGAGGCAGUGGGGGCUGGGAGGGCACAUAAUUGGACACUGGGGGCAACGGGGGCAGGGUUUACAGAUGUCGCAGCACGGAGCAGUGGGCAGCAGUGCAGCAGCUCAGCAAUGGGGGCAUUGGGGUUUAUGGAGGAGGGAGUGGAGUUUGCCCCCAGCGGAAAGGGAUGUAGGGGUCAAACCCAGGGGCACUGGGCUGGCCCCAACUACUGAAGCCCGGCACGGGGCCAGGUCCUGGCUGCAUCCCCAAGGCUGAGCUCUGCCACCUGGCCCCGGCUAUUUCUGUGUCCCAGCAGCUGUCGGUGCCCCCGCCCCCAGCCACCCCCGCAGGGCUGGGUGCCAUGGGGUUGGCACUGGGCCUUGUCUCUGCUUUGGACUCUGUCGAUGCUUUUCAAUGGGGCAGGAGGGUGAUGGAGCAAACAGCCCCAUACCCGCUGCCCCAUAGCAAGGGGACACCCCCACCAUCAGCGUCUGCUCCCUGUAAUGGGGUUGGAGAGGACGGGGUGAGAGGUGCAGCUCAGUGACCUUUCCACGUGCCAGCAGGGCCUGCUAAUGUGCUGUCAGGUGUUAAUUAUGUGUCAGGGGUUAAUUAUGGCCCAGACAGCUGGGGUCAGGGCAAGCAGGAGCAGCUGGGAUAGGGGAAAGAGCAGGCGGGGAGGGAGAGGGAACAGCUAUGGGGAGAGAGGGAAGGAUGGGGCUGUGGGAAAUGGGCUGGGAUGUGACCUUGGGAAAAAGAGGGUGUGGGAAAAGGGGAGAGGGUGGCAAAAAGUUGAAGGAAGAGACGGGAGAAAGAGGGAUAUGGUCACGGGGACUGGGGAGAGGCAGGAAUAUGGCUGUGGGAAAAAGGAGAGGGAGAGAUGGCACUGUGGGAAAUAGGGAAGAAGGAGGGAUAAGGAUGUGGGGAAAGAGGAAAGGGGCGUAGGAAAUGGGGAAAGAGAAGGGUAUGGUCAUGGGAAAUGGGGAGAGGAGGGAUGAGACUGUGGGAACUGGGGAGAGGGAAAGAUAAGGAUGUGAGGAAUCAUAGAAUGGCACAGAGUGGACCGUAAAGCCCAUGUAGUUCAACCUCCCCUACCAUGGGGUUAAAAGGAGAGGAAAGGAUGUGGGCAUGGGAAAGGAUGAAAGAAAAGGUGUGGGAGAGAGAUGUGGAUGUGGGAAAUGGAAGAGGAAGGCAUAAGGAUGUAGGAAAAGAGAAGAGGAGUAGAGAUAUGGGUGUGGGAAGUGGGGAGAAGGAGGGAUAUGCACAUGGGAUAAGGGGAGAGGAAGAGAUAGGACUGUGGAAAAUGGGAGAAAGGGGGUAAUGGAAAGUGGGGAGAGGGAAGGCAUAAAGAUGUGGGGAAAAGGGGAGAGAGAGAGAUGGGGCUAUGGGAAAUAGGGAAAAGGGAAGGAUGUGGGUGCAGGAAAAGGGAGGCAAAGAGAUAUGGGCAUGGGAAAAGGGAGGAAUGUGGAUAUGGAAAAUGGGAAAAGGGAAGCAUAGGGAUAUGGAAAAAGAGGGCGAAGAAGGUAUAUGAGUGUUGAAAAAGAGGGAAAAGGGAGAUAGAAGGAUGUGGGAAAAUGGAGAGGGAGCAGUGUGGAUGUAAGAAAAGGGGGAGAGUUGGGGCUGUGGGAAAUGAGAGAUGGGGGAUAUGGAAGACUGGGAGAAGGAGGUAUAGGAUAUGGGAAACGAGGAAGAGGAAGGGUUAUGAUAGAGAAAAGGUAGAGGAAGGGAUACGGAUGUGGAAAAGAGGGAGGUAUAAGGAUGUGGGAAAACGGGGAGAGGAGGGUGUGGAUGGGGGAAGUGAGAAGAAGGAAGGAUAUAGGGAUGGGAAAAGGGGGAGAGAGAGACAUGAGUAUGUGUAAAUUUGGGGAGAGGGAUAUGGUCGUGUCAACUGGAAAGAGGGAGGGAUGUGAUGGUGGGCAAUAGGGAGACGAAGGGAGGAAAGCCUGGGAAUUCGAGGGGGAGGAGAUGGAUGUGGGAAAAGGGGGAGAGACAGAAAUGGGCUCUGAAGCAGACAGUCAGCCCCACGCCUUUGGGUGCAGCCCCACACCUUUCCAUGGAGUAGGGGCAAGUUUGGUUUUGGGGCACUAGGCAGCCCACACUAAGGGGGGACACACAGCUGCAUCCUCUGUGCUCCCCCCACCCUGUGCCUGUCGAAAUCACUAAAACUUACAGAACAAUGAUCAGUAUUAAUAAAGGUAAUCCAUUUUUUAUUGAGUUUAAUCUAAUUAGCCUUUCUUUAACCUUUAGAACACUGGGACAUACAACCUCCUUAUCUAUGGACUUAGAAGAAGCUAAAUUUUCACUCCAUGCUGUUUCAUGCUCCGUGCUGUCUGUCUGUCCCAUGCUGCAUGCUCUCCGUCUGUCCCCACGCAGUGCCCUCACUCUCUUUGCAUCUCACGCUGUUUCUCUGUCCCCAUGCAAUGCUCUAUCUCUUUUUGCAUCCUGUCUGUCUGUCCGCACACCGUGCCCUGUCUGUCCUGCCCCUUCCUAUCUUUGGCUCUCGGCACGCCUUGUGCCUUGCACAUGUUCCCAAUCCAUUGGGACAGAUUAACACGGCCCAGCGCUGCCCUGGGUCCGGCGGUGUCGGAGUGCGCAGGAAAAUCUGAGUCACGGCCGCGGGCGCCGUGGGGCUGGUGGCACAAAGCUGUGCUGCAGGGACGCUUCAGGGACUCAGGGCCAUGGCAGAGCCGGAAGAGGAUGAGGAGGACAACGCGGCAGCUUUGGAGCAGCUGAUGGUGCAGGCAGGCCGGGCACUGCAGUGGCAGGAGCUGGAGGAGCAGUUCUGCGUGCUGGGCGAGCUGGGCAGCGGAACCUAUGGCCAUGUGGUGCUCACUGAGCCCCGGGAUGGUGGCUCGCCGGUGGUCCUCAAGCUGAUGCUGAAGGAACGGACAGAACGACGGGCAUUCCUGCGGGAGUAUUGCAUAGCACGGUGCCUCUCUGGUCACGCUGCCUGCAUCCAUGCCCUGCCCCUUGCCUUUGAGAACUCCACACAUUUUGCCUUUGGGCAGGAGCUGGCUCCCGCUGGGGACUUGUGCAACCUUCUCACACCAGGGGAGGGCCUGCCCGAGGUGCUGGUAAAGCGCUGCGCUUCUCAGCUGGCCGAGGCGCUGGAUUUCAUGCACAGCCGGGCCCUGGUGCACCGGGAUGUCAAGCUGGACAACGUGCUGCUCUUCGACCACGAGUGCCGCCGUGUGAAGCUGGCUGACUUUGGGCUCACCCGCCUGCAGGGUUCGGAAAUUGGUGCCAUGUCUGGCGCGCUGCCCUACGCUCCGCCGGAGCUCUGCUUGCUGCAGGGCUCUGACACACUGGAGCUGGACUCCAGCUUGGAUGUUUGGGCUUUUGCUGUGCUGCUCUUCUGCCUCUGCACUGGCUGCUUCCCUUGGGCUGUAGCUGCCAGUCCUGACCCCCAGUUUGAAGCCUUCAGCGCUUGGCAGGGUGACACGGUGGGACGGGAGGCACCAAAGUCUUGGGGUGGCUUUGAGUGCGGGGCACAGGAGAUGCUGCAGCGCCUGCUGCGGCUCGACCCUGACCGCCGCAGCCCAGCCAUCGAGGUGCACAAGUACCUGGCCCUGCCCUGGCUGGCAGCACCCAGCGGCAGGGAUCGGACCGAUGGCGCCGAUGGGCCGGGGGCGGUGGAUGGUGAUGGACGUGGAGGGGGGGAUGGUGAUUCAGAUGGAGUGGUGGAUGGUGGCCCUCAGUCGCCCCUUGCUCGGGGUUCAGGGGAUGAUGGGGAGUGCGGUGACAGCAGUUAUGGGGAGGGGAGCAGCGUGCCCGCAACACCCGCCAGCGCCAUGGCCCUGUGCCACUAGCUGGCAUCUCCAACAUGGCACGGAGGUGUCCUUGGGGUGUGGGCUGGUGUCUUCUUCUUGGAAUGCAGCACAGAAUGGACGUGGAGCUGUUUGAGAGGAUCCAAAGGAGGCCACAAGGAUGCCCGGAGGGCUGGAGCACCUCUUCUAUGGAAAGAGGCUGAGAGAAUUGGGCUUGUUCAGUCUGGAGAAGAGAAGACUCCAGGGAGAUCUCAUUGCAACCUUCCAGUACUUCAAGGGAGCUUAUAAACAGGAGAGGGAGUGACAUCUUGCAGAGUCUGAUUGUGGUAGGACAAGGGGGAAUGGUAUUUAACUAAAAGAGGGAAGAUUUAGGUUAGACGUUAGGAGGAAUUUCUUUGCU